AUGAACACUCAUAAUAACAAUGAUCAUUUGAAUAAUAUAUAUUUAGAAUUUAGCUUAUUGAAUAAUUUUUUAAAAGAACUAAAAGAGAAUAUUAAAAAAAGUAAUAAUGAAAAGUAUACAAAUAUAUAUGAUGGUUGUGUAGAAUAUAUAUAUACUCUACAUAACAAAUAUACCGCAUGGAAUUAUAAUACUGAAAAAAUUGAUGAAAAAUAUAUAGAAUAUUUUGUUCAAAGUAUAAUAUUAAAUAUAAAGAAUUUCUUAAGAAAUCAGUUUUGCUUAAUAGAUGAAGAUAUAGAAUGUUUAAAGAAUAAAAAUAAGAAAUUAAUGGAAAAGUUAAAAUCAGGUGUUGAGAAUGCUGAAACUCAAGAAAAUUACAUUUAUGAAUUAGAAAAGAAAUUAAUUUUUGAAAAAGAGAAAAAUAAAAGUUCAUAUAAUUUACAUGAAAAAAUUAAUAAUCUAUUAAAGUUAAAUGAACAACUUACAAAUAAAAAUGAACAGUUAGAAUGUUCAUCAUUCAAACAUAAACAAGAAAAUGAUAAGAUGAAAAUAGAAUUAAAGAAAUUCUGGGCUCUAAAGGAAAAAAAGAAAAAAUACGAACAAAACAAAUUUUCAUAUUAUAUGCUAAAUAAAAAAAUGAGUACUUUAUUAAAAAAAAUCAAUAAUCAUAUACCCACUCAUCAAAAUAAUUAUAUAAAUGAAAAGAAUAGAAGUUAUAGUUAUAACUUUGUCCAUACCUUAAAGAAAUAUAUUAUCCUAAGGGAUUCACACUAUUUGAGCGAAUUUAAUAUAAAUACUUAUACUAAUAAUGAUAAGAAAGGUAUAAAUAAUAAUAUUGAUGAUAAUAAUAAAAUGUAUGAUGGUAAAGAAAAAUAUGAUGAUAAUAAUAAAAUGUAUGAUGGUAAAGAAAAAUAUGAUGAUAAUAAUAAAAUGUAUGAUGGUAAAGAAAAAUAUGAUGAUAAUAAUAAAAUGUAUGAUGGUAAAGAAAAAUAUGAUAAUAAUAAUAAAAUGUAUGAUGGUAAAGAAAAAUAUGAUGAUAAUAAUAAAAUGUAUGAUGGUAAAGAAAAAUAUGAUGAUAAUAAUAAAAUGUAUGAUAGUAAAGAAAAAUAUGAUGAUAAUAAUAAAAUGUAUGAUAGUAAAGAAAAAUAUGAUGAUGAUGAUAAUAAAAAGUGUGAUGCUUAUUAUAAUUAUUAUAAUAACAAAAAUUAUAAUGUUGAUAAUAAUAAACAUUGUUGUGAUAAUAAGGAUACUAAUUUUAAGCAUUUAGAUUCUUCCAUUAAUCCUAAUAAUACAAAAUAUAUUUGUUAUGAAAGUUCGGAAUAUAUUAAAAAUGAUGAUAUAUGUCAAGGUAAUAAUGAUACUUUAAAUUAUCAUAAUAAGGAUAUUAAUAAAAAACAUACACAAUAUGUUAAGCCAGAAAAUAGUUCAUCUUCUAAUAAUAGUAAUGAUAUAUAUAAUAUAAACAAGAGAGAUAAAUUAUCGAUACAUAAAACUAAACAUAUACAAACAUAUGAAACUGUACCAAGAAUAAAUCAUUUUAAUACAUAUAUUAAUGAGGGGGAUGACGAAGAAGAACAUAAUAACAAUGAUGAGGAUGGAGAAAAAGAUAAACUAUAUAAUUUCACAAAUAAUCUAAGUAUGUAUAAAAUGUAUAACAAUAGUGAAAUAACAUGCACAGAAGAAAGUGAUAAUCUAUAUAAAAAUAUUGAAUAUAUUAAUAAAAAGAAAACAUUUUAUACUAAUGAUAAUAAUAAGGAUCCAUACCUUAUAAAUAAUAUAAAACUAAAAAAUAGUAACACAUUAAAUGAAGCUUAUUUUUCGAGGAGAAUCUUAUAUAGUACGACUUUACUAAUGGAUAUUAGAAAAACACUAAGAUAUAAUCGAAAAUUUUUAAAGAAUUCUAUAUUAUGUAAGAGAACAAAGAAGAUAAAAAGAAAAAAGGAGAAAUUAAAAACAUUAACGAAGUUACACCAAAAAAAUGAUAUGAUUAAUGAUUAUCAUCAUAGUAAUGAUGAAAUGCAUGCCAUAAAGAAUAUGCUAAUAGAAGAUUACCGAGGAACUAUAAUUAAAUUUUAUGAGUGCAUAAAAAAAGACAUUAGAAUAAUUAUUGAAAGUAACUAUAAUUUGAAUCUAGAUCUUCUUUCACAACAUUCACAAAAUAUUAUAAGGGAAAUACAUGAGGAAAAAAAUAUAUUACGAAAAAAAAAAAUUGACAAAAUAACAAGAAAAUAUUUGCGUCAAAUCGAUUCGUACCGGCUAUGUGAAAAGGACUUUUAUCACAAUAUAGGAAAUGAAGAAAAUAAAAAUGAAAAACAUUUAUAUUUAAAUUACCAUAAAUAUGAUUCACUUGAUCUUCGUAAGAUAUUAAAAAAUAAUUAUCAACAAAAUACAUAUGAUGAAUCUGAAGAACCGUUUUCUUUUAAUUUUUAUGAACAUGGUAAUAUAAAAAUUAUUGAUAGAUUAAAAGAAUUAAAAAGUAAUAUCUCAUUUUUUAAAUUUUACGAUUUAAUAGAUUUUCCCACGAGAAUAUAA